UUAGUUGUCCUUCCUGACCACAAAGACGAGAGGCUUUGCAUCGUCCACAUUGUCCAGCAGGUCGCCAUAGGUGGUGCCGUGGACAGACGUCCUACACACACACACACACACACACAGACGGAAUGUGCCAAUUCGCUGCUGUUGCCAUGAUGCGUGUGUCUACCGGUAGAGUGAGGUGAGUCGUGUGGUGUCGCGACUGCCCCCCAGUAGGCCAAGCAGCGCCUCAUACUCUGACGCAGACAGCGACGUGCCGUCAGGCAAUCCCUGCAGGUGGCGGAAACGGACCUGAACACAGGAAUGAACCGUGCACACCAGAGAAUCUAGUGACUGGGUCAUGGUGUGUAAGUCCGUGUGUGUGUGGGUGUACUCACCUGUUGUGCGGGUCUUGCCUCCGUGCCAACAGUGGUCGACACCACACAGAGAAUUAUCACCAUGACAACAGUCGCCAUCGUGAAGCACCUUGUUUGUUGAGGUCAAUCAGAGGCCGCUCGCCAGCCAAAAGAGGAGAGCGGGGGAGCGCUGACAGCGCUGACACCAGGAUUCGGUAGACAGGACACUGUCGGCUUUGAUAGAUCUCUUCUUGGAGCUGCACCGGGGGAGGAAAGGGAGAAAGAAGAAG